AGGCUCGGCUCGGCCUCGCCUCGCCGUCCCGGGCCUCCUCCGCCGAGAGGCCCUCUGCCCGGAGCCGCCCCCAUUCCCGCCGGCACCGUCCGGGCCUCCAGGCGCGCCGUUUGCUGCACCGCGUUCCAUUUUCUUGGCGCCCGUUCUCCGCCGAUCGCCCUCCGGCCAGCCGCUCCCGGGCGUCGGCGGGCUCGGCCUGCCUCCGACGGUGUCGUCGUCAACCAUCAGCACGCGACGGAGCAGCUCCGGGCCGGCGACAGAAAUCCGGGUUCUGCCUUCUGCCCUGUCGCCGCCGGGUCACCUUGGACAAGCCACUUAUCUCCAGUUUCUGCCUUUGCAAAAUGGGCAAUAAUAACACAAACCCUGGAGUUCCUUGAGGGCCCGCUGGAUCUUACUCCUCUUGAUAGUGAGCUUUCCCUAGUGCGUGGCUCACAAUGAGGAAAUUGAAGCAAUGGCAGCUAUCUAUGGCGAGGAAUGGUGUGUCAUUGAUGACUGUGCCAAAAUAUUUUGUAUUAGAAUUAGCGACGAUAUAGAUGACCCCAAGUGGACACUUUGCUUGCAGGUGAUGCUACCAAAUGAAUACCCAGGUACAGCUCCACCUAUUUAUCAACUGAAUGCUCCUUGGCUUAAAGGACAAGAACGUGCAGAUUUAUCAAAUAGCCUUGAGGAAAUAUAUAUACAGAAUAUUGGUGAAAGUAUUCUUUACCUAUGGGUAGAGAAAAUAAGAGAUGUUCUAAUACAGAAAUCUCAGAUGACAGAACCAGGUCCUGACAUCAAGAAGAAAACUGAAGAGGAAGAUGUAGAAUGUGAAGAUGAUCUCAUUUUAGCAUGUCAACCGGAAAAUCCUGUUAAAGCAUUGGAUUUUGAGAUUAGUGAAAAUCAAACAGAAAUAGAAGAAUUACCUCCGAUUGAUCAUGGCAUUCCUAUUACAGACCGAAGGAGUACUUUUCAGGCGCACUUGGCUCCGGUAGUUUGUCCUAAACAGGUGAAGAUGGUUCUUGCCAAAUUGUAUGAGAAUAAGAAAAUAGCUAGUGCCACCCACAACAUCUAUGCAUACCGAAUAUAUUGUGAGGAUAAACAGACCUUCUUACAGGACUGUGAGGACGAUGGGGAGACAGCAGCUGGCGGGCGUCUUCUCCAUCUCAUGGAGAUUUUGAAUGUGAGAAAUGUCAUGGUGGUAGUAUCACGCUGGUACGGAGGAAUUCUACUAGGACCAGAUCGCUUUAAACAUAUCAACAACUGUGCCAGAAACAUACUGGUGGAGAGAAACUACACAAAUUCACCGGAGGAAUCAUCUAAGGCUUUGGGAAAAAACAAAAAAGUAAAAAAAGACAAGAAGAGGAGUGAACAUUAAUACCUAAAAUUAUACAACAGGUUAAUUUGCCUAUAAUUAUACACAAAUUCCACAGUCAUCAAGGAAUAUUGUGCAGAGAGGAUCCUGGACUGCUCAAGUCAGCCAAUCCAUUGUGGACACCAGCGUUACCUUUUCUUCUUUGGUUAUAUCAUCUGCCAAAAAUAGAGAACUUGUGAUAUAUUCAUGUGUAUUUCAGGCUGCUUCAGAAGAAUUAAUUUGAACUUAAUUGCCACUUCAUCUAAUCUUAGGAAGGUAACAGUUGUCCAGGGCAGUACCUGAAUUAACUGUCCAUUUUAGUACAUGUCAAGUGCCUUUGUUAGGUGGGGAAGAAAUGUCUCGAGAGGAAUAUAAAUACCUGAUAUCUUGUCAUCGGGAUUCUCAUAACGUUAAAUGAAUAUUGCCUUUUACUGCUCUUUAUGGCUUAUUGGAAUAGGAGCUCAUUGCAGAUUGAUCUUGGAGAGUUUCUUCUUGUGAUUUUGGUUCAUAGGAAGUCACCUUGCAUUUUAUAGUGUUCAUCACUGAGUAAUGAUUAAGCAAAAAUCCAGGAGUAUCCAUCUGCAGUUAUGUGCUGAAGCGAUAAUUCAUCUGACAUAUUUGUUAGCACAAGUGUUAUGCUUUGAUUUCUGUCGCAAAUUGGUGAUUGUGAAAUUUCAAAAUGUGGUUUUUUGGCUUUUACUUUUUUUGAUUCUUGUAAUGCAAACCAGUAGAUACGGAGUGUCAGUAGUCUCUUGCCCCUGAAACGGGUUAGUGUAAUAUUCUAGUUUUGGGUCUUUUCAUAUCCUGGGAGUACCUUUCUUGUGAUCUUCAUUGAGGAAUUAGGACUACUGUAGAAACUCUUCUGCAGUUAACGGGGCCUUUCUAGAAGGAGAUAGAGGUAGGAAAACAACACUGGUAUGGGGUGGAGUGCAUCAUCGCAUAGUUAUGUAGGUAUGCUCCAGCUGUCUUUCUCAACUCCUUGACUUUGGGGCGAAAAGGAGCAAACAUUUUGGUUGGGAAAACAAAGAAAAUCCCUCUUGUCCAUUCUUACCAGAUCUUCCUUAAGAUCAAUGUUUUAUGUUCCUUUCAUCUGCAAGUUAUGCUGUUUACCUCUAGACAAUACAUUUAUCUUUGAGAUCUAACAGUAAGUCAUUAACUGUUCCCCUUCAGAUAUGAUUGCAAACAAUUAUUGAGAGUCAUUAAUUGAUUGCAGAUUUGCCUGAGAUUCUCUUCCAAAGGAAGGGGACAGAAAUUAGGAGGCAACUUGGAAUGGUGCUUGCAUUAUGGAAAGCAUUGCAGAAAAGCAGACACAGAUAGAUAGCCUUUUCUGUUCUCUUGAUGUCUUACCUUUAAAAGAUCCAACAAUCUUAUUUGGUGUUUUUAAUAAAAAUUGAGUAAAUAGCUUUCCACUAGGAUGGAUUCUGAGAAAUAAAAUCCAAGUCAUAUUUGUUGUAAAUAUGUCUGAUGUUGCCAGUGAUCAAGAGUCAUCGGAGGAUGUGCUAUAUAUAUUUAGAACAGCUAGGUCAGAUUCCAUGAAAAGUAUAUCCAGUGUUAUUAACUGUUAACUAAAGAAGUUGAAGACCAUUAAUUAACACUAAAAUAAUUUCACAAUUUUAACACAUUCUAACCUGUGAACAAAGAUAUAAAAUAGGAAGAAUUUGGUGCUGCAGAAAAAUUGAAUUAAUUUUUCUGUAACACCAAAUGUGAAUUUCUUUCUUGCUGUUCAUCUCAGUUGUUUAGGUCUUUAUGGAAGACCUUUAAUAUCUGUGAUCUCAUUUUCCCUUAUUUAAAAAAAAUCUUAUUUUUGCAUCUUUCUAUAAAAUUAUUAAUCACAUUUUCCUGACUAAAAAACCUAAUCUCCUUUGCCUAAAGUCAGUUAGCUGGGAAGAAGAGAUCCCAAAGUCUCUAAUUCUGGAAUCUGAGUUAUUUACACCCAACCAUUGUGGACCCCUAGCUAAUGAGAGCAUCUUUUUCUCUAUUUAAAAUUUCUCUCUAGUAGAGGAUUUUCAGAUUCUCCAUACAAUUAAUUUUCUAUAGCCAGAUCUAUGCUGUGGCAUAUUUUGUAGUAUAUUGUGUUAGUUAAAAAUAUUCUCCAUAUGCCAGUUAUGUAAGAGCAAGUAGCAUCUACUUUUUACGUGGGAAAAGCAGUAUGGUUUGGAGGUACAUACCAUGAAGCAGUCUGUUUGAAAAGAGUUACAUCAAGCUAAUCACACCCAAGAAAGAAUAGCAUGAAGCAGAUACUGUUUGGCGGGCAGGUGAAAUUUACUGAGAAAAUUAUAUAAUCACCUCUAAUUGUACUAUCUAGAGAUAACCAUUAUUAACAUUUACUAUGUACAUCCUUCUAUUUUUUUCCUGUGCAUGAUUUUGUAUAUAUGGCUAUUUUUCUUUCCAUAAAAAUGGUAUUAAACUGUAUAUACUGUUUUGUAUCCUGCAUAUUUCAUAUAGAAGCAUAUUGUUAACAUUUUCCCAUGUCAAUAAAUAUUCUUCUAUGGCUUAA